AUGUUUUCAGAAAAGACCCUUUGGCUUUUGCUUGCUAUUUUCUCACUCAAUGUUGCCAUAGCAUUAGCCUCAGACCCUGAUCCAAUUCAAGACUUCUGCAUACCAAACCCAAGAUUUGGUGCUAUCAAAACAGCACAUGCCAUGCACACUAUUCUCCCAUGCAAGAACGCCUCAGAGGCCACUAUUGAUGACUUUGUCUUCUCUGGCAUGAAAGCCACAGGGAACUUCUCUGAUACAGGCCUAGCUGUGAUAUCUGCAAGUCCUACAAAUUUUCCAGGUCUCAACACACUGGGCAUGUCCUUUGCACGUGCAGAUAUUGAAGUGGGGGGCAUCAACCCACCACAUUUUCACCCAAGAGCCACUGAGUUGGUUCAUGUGGUGCAAGGAAAAGUGUAUUUGGGUUUUGUUGAUUCAAGCAAUAGGGUGUUUGCUAGAAUACUUGAACAAGGAGAGGUCAUGGUGCUACCUAGGGGUCUAGUGCACUUCAUGAUGAAUGUUGGUGAUGAACCUGCCACACUGUUUGGAAGCUUCAAUAGCCAAAACCCUGGCAUUCAGAAGAUAACAUCUGCUGUGUUUGGUUCAGGGAUUGAUGAGGAACUUUUGCAAAAGGCUUUUGGAUUGAGUUCUAAGCAGAUUGGGACCAUGAGAAAAAAGUUUGAUCCCAAAACAGCAAGGUAG